AUGGACUCGCGAGAUGAGAACAUGGCCACUUUCCGUGGCUCCGAAUACCUUUGCUAUGACCUGUCUCAAAACCCCAUCCAGAGCAGCAGCGAUGAGAUCACUCUCUCCUUCAAGACAUGGCAACGCAACGGGCUCAUUCUGCACACCGGCAAGUCUGCGGAUUAUGUCAACCUGGCCCUGAAAGACGGUGCGGUCUCACUGGUCAUUAACCUGGGGUCUGGGGCCUUCGAGGCCAUUGUGGAGCCUGUCAAUGGCAAAUUCAAUGACAACGCAUGGCAUGACGUUAAGGUGACGCGCAACUUGCGGCAGGUGACCAUCUCUGUGGAUGGCAUCCUUACCACCACGGGUUACACACAGGAAGACUACACCAUGCUGGGCUCAGAUGACUUCUUCUAUGUGGGAGGGAGCCCCAGUACUGCUGAUUUACCUGGCUCUCCAGUAAGCAACAACUUCAUGGGAUGCCUCAAAGAGGUUGUUUAUAAGAAUAAUGACAUUCGUCUGGAGCUGUCUCGCUUGGCACGGAUUGGUGAUACUAAGAUGAAAAUCUAUGGAGAAGUGAAAUUUGUAUGUGAGAAUGUGGCUACACUGGACCCCAUCAGCUUUGAGACACCUGAGGCAUAUAUUAGUUUGCCCAAAUGGAACACCAAAAGGAUGGGCUCCAUAUCAUUUGAUUUCCGAACCACCGAACCCAAUGGACUAAUACUUUUCACCCACGGCAAGCCUCAGGAGAGGAAGGAUGCCAGGAGCCAGAAAAACACGAAGGUAGACUUCUUUGCAGUUGAACUUCUGGAUGGGAACCUCUACUUGUUGCUGGACAUGGGGUCUGGGACCAUUAAAGUCAAAGCCACGCAGAAGAAGGCCAAUGAUGGAGAAUGGUAUCAUGUGGAUAUUCAGCGAGAUGGAAGAUCAGGUACUAUAUCAGUGAACAGCAGACGCACCCCAUUCACCGCUAGUGGAGAGAGUGAGAUCCUAGAUCUGGAGGGUGACAUGUACCUGGGUGGGCUGCCAGAGAACCGGGCAGGACUCAUCCUUCCCACUGAGCUCUGGACAGCAAUGCUGAAUUAUGGCUACGUUGGCUGCAUCCGAGAUUUGUUCAUUGAUGGGCGAAGCAAGAACAUCCGGCAGCUGGCAGAGGCACAGAAUGCAGCAGGAGUCAAGUCCUCCUGCUCCCGCCUGAGUACCAAGCAAUGUGACAGCUACCCAUGUAAGAACAAUGCAGUCUGCAAGGAUGGCUGGAACCGCUUCAUUUGUGACUGCACUGGCACUGGCUAUUGGGGGAGAACAUGUGAGCGAGAGGCCUCUAUCUUGAGCUAUGAUGGCAGCAUGUACAUGAAGAUCAUCAUGCCCAUGGUCAUGCAUACUGAGGCAGAAGAUGUGUCCUUCCGUUUCAUGUCCCAGCGCGCCUAUGGGCUGUUGAUGGCAACCACCUCACGAGAUUCUGCUGACACUCUGCGUCUGGAGCUGGAUGGAGGCCGUGUCAAACUUAUGGUCAACUUAGGUAUCGUAUAAAAACCUCCCACUGCCUUCACUCUUAGUUUGGGCUUGUGGUUAGUGGUUUUUAAAAUUAUUUUGUUUAAUUUUUGUUG